AUGAAGUUCGAUCUGGUUCUUCUCGCCGCCUUCCUGGCAGCUCCUAUCCUCGCAAACACCAUCCCUGAAGUCAGCGAGGCUGUCGACCUUGCUGACCGCGACAUGUCUGCUGUUGACGAGGGGAAUGAACUCACAGCCAGAAAGGUGCGGUCUCGGAUUCCUAGCAAGGUAUUUUCUGCUGUUUUGACGCCAUGCUAA